CGGACGCCCGUUAUAGCGGCAUACUGCCUCUCCUCCAGCAGCAGCAGCAGCAGCAGCGGCAGCCGCCUCCUCCUCCGGCUCAACUGCGGCUAAACUGCACGCUCUCGUCUGCGCGCAGAUCCCGCCGGGGCUCGCGUCGUCGUCAUCUGUCGGCAUUUGGGCGGCAUCGUCCCGCCGGGAAGGCAGAACUGCGGGAGAAAAGAGGCGCCUCAUCCUCAUUCAGCAGCAGCGGCGCUCGCCGCGUCCAUAACGGGGGAUUUGCAGCCUUCAGCACCGCGGCGCUCUGGAGCAGAGGGAUGGAGAAACGUCGGGAAGAUUGUGCACUCUAUGCUGUGGCUGUGCUUAGUGACUGAGUGAAGCUUUAAGAGCCAUGGAGGAGAUGGAUAGUAAACCCUACCAGCCGUUGUCCAAGGGACGCCAUGAAAUGGAAAUGUCCUACACCAGUUCUUCUGACGAGAGCGAGGAUGGCCGUGCCCACCACCGCUCGUACACCUCACGUGAAACCCUGCCUGACUACACACACGAGCUCCGCCUCACUCUUGGUUCACACCGGGAAAGGCAGAACAACUACAGCCAACCCCAACCAGAUUUAGACUUCUGUAAGCCUGGCCAGAUGAGGAGCCCAGACUACCACAUGCACCAGCAGCAGCAGCAGCAGCAGCAGCAGCAGCAGCGUCAGGAGGAGGAAGAGGAGGCUCUGUGCUCCGGGCCGGCCGCUCACAUGCUCGGCCGCGGUUACUCCCUUGGCGUGAGUUCAGAUGUGGACACGGAGCCGGAGGUGGACCCGUCCCCUGCUCACGGCCUGCAGCACAUGUGGAUGCGCGGUUUGAAGUCGGAGCAAAGCUCCUGCCUCACAAGCCGCGCCAACUCCGCGCUCUCCCUCACUGACACGGAGCACGACAGGAAAUCUGAGCCGGACAAUGAGCUGCCCAGCAGUCCAGGUGGUCAGUUCACAUUCCGCCCGCUGCCUCCGCCGCCGCCUCCGCCGCACGCCUGCACCUGUGCUCGCCCGGCGCCCUACACGCAAGUCAGCCUGCAGAGGAAGACCAUGCCGUCGCGCUGCCAGGCCAGCCAGGGGGGCCAGGGGGCAGACGCCGGCACGGACCAGGCGCAGCUUCACAACAGCUGGGUGCUCAACAGCAACAUUCCCCUGGAGACCAGACACUUCCUCUUCAAGCAAGGCUCUGGCUCAUCGGCACUGCUGUCAGGGGCAGGGCAGGGUUACCCCCUGACCUCGGGCACGGUCUACUCCCCUCCACCAAGGCCUCUCCCGCGCAGCAGCGUGACCAGACCACUGUUUACCUUCAACAAGCCUCACCGCUGCUGCAACUGGAAGUGCACGGCUCUGUCCGCGUCGCUGCUCACGCUCACCCUGGCUCUGCUGCUCACAUACGUCAUCGCCGUCCACCUCUUAGGUCUGACCUGGCAUCUGCAGCACGGCGAGAGCCAGCUGUAUGAAAAUGGGCUGAGCGCCGCAGACCAUCAACAAGACGACCGCGGCAAGAUCAGACCCACCAGCUCCAUCCACCUGCUGGACACGCUCAACGACAACGCACCGCACGCUGGCGACAGAGAUAAGUGGGUGCGAGGCCGGGCCAUCGACCGUGGCGAGGUGGACAUGGGCACCCAACAGAGUCAAGCCAUUCCUCCAGGACUCUUUUGGAGAUUUUAUAUGACCGUGCAUCAUCCAACCUACGUAAAGUUCAACCUCUCCUUGUCGCACAACGCGCUGCUAGGGGUGUACGGACGCCGGAACAUACCGCCUACUCACACACAGUUCGACUUUGUGAAACUGCUGGAUGGGAAGGCGCUGCCCAGGUCCUUGGCUGAUCCCAUCUCGGCUGCCAAAUCUCCGCGAGGGCUGCUGCUGAGCGGCCUCCAAGAAACCGGCUUCAUUGAAUACAUGGACCCCGGCACCUGGCACCUUGCGCUCUACAAUGACGGACGCAGCUUGGAGCAAGUGCUGCUCCACAGCACUCCAAUAGAAACCAUGGGCGGCUGCUCCACCGACUGUAACGGCAACGGCGAGUGUGUGGCCGGACACUGCCACUGCUUCGCCGGCUUCCUGGGUCCAGACUGCGCCAAAGAUUCCUGCCCGGUGCUGUGCAGCGGUAACGGCGUGUACGAGAAGGGCAGGUGCGUGUGCCUGGCGGGAUGGAAGGGGGCAGAGUGCAAUGUAGAGGAAGGUCAAUGCAUCGACCCCACCUGCUCCAACCACGGAACCUGCAUCCAGGGGAUCUGCAUAUGCACUCCAGCCUACAAGGGGGUCAACUGUGAGCAAGUGGACUGCGUGGACCCCCAGUGCGGCGGGCACGGCGUGUGCGUGCGCGGCGAGUGCGUGUGCUCCGCCGGGUGGGCGGGAGUGAGCUGUGACGACCCGCUGCCGGCCUGUCAGGAGCAGUGUUCAGGACACGGCACCUACCUGCCCGAGUCAGACACCUGCGCCUGCCAGCCCAACUGGACCGGACCCGACUGCUACACGGAGCUGUGCCCGGUGCCAUGUGGCAGCCACGGCGUGUGUUCGGAGGGCCAGUGCCAGUGUGAGGAGGGCUGGACCGGUGCUGCGUGCGACCAGAGAGCGUGUCAUCCUCGCUGCGAGGAGCACGGCCAGUGCCAUGACGGGACCUGCAUCUGCCAACCAGGCUGGGAGGGCGAGCACUGCAACAUCGUCACCCACGAUCUGGACGUGGUGGUGAAAGACGGAUGCCCGGGGUUAUGCAGCGGGCAUGGACGCUGCACCCUGGAGCAGAGUGGCUGGCGCUGCGUCUGCCAGGCGGGAUGGAGUGGGCCUGGCUGCAGCGUUGUCAUGGAAACUGACUGCAGUGAUGGAGCAGACAACGACGGAGACGGCCUGGUUGACUGCGUGGACCCGGACUGUUGCGAGCAGCUCAGCUGCGGCUCCGACCCUCUGUGCCACGGUUCGGCCGACCCCCUGCUGUUGCUGCAGCAGAGCAUGCCUCCAGCCGGGCCGCCGCCCUCGCCCACCAACGCGCACGCCCACAGCUUCUACCGCCGUAUCCGCUUCCUCCUUGGCAAGGGAGCCACACACACGCUCCCCGGAGACGUGCCCUUUGAUACCAGUCGAGUGGCGGUGGUCCGAGGCAGCGUGACGCUGCGUGACGGCUCUCCUCUCGUUGGCGUCAACAUCUCCUUCCCUCAGCACCCGGAGUACGGCUUCACCAUCAGCCGGCAGGACGGCAGUUUCGACCUGGUGACUCUGGGCGCCAUGUCCAUGACGCUGAUGUUCCAGCGUCCGCCGUUCCUGCCUCAAACCCGCACCAUUUGGACGCCCAACAACAACUUCCUGGUCCUGGAGCAGGUGACCAUGUCCAGGGAGGAGGUGCUGCCUCCUGUGUGUGACGUCAGAAGUGUUUUGAGCCCGUACCCGCUGGUCCUGCCGUACCCUCUCCCCAGAUACAUGGGGGCGUGUGCUGAGAAGGGUCCAGCUGUCCCCGAGCUGCAGGCGGUUCAGGAGGAAAUUUCCAUCCCUGGUGCUUUUGUGAAGCUCAGCUACCUGAGCACUCGUGCGGCGGGCUACCUCUCCCUGCUGCGCAUCCUCCUCACGCCACCUGCGCCCGCGUCUCCUGUCUCCCCUCUGGGUGGUCUCUCCAAAGUGCACGUGCGCGCCUCCGUCCAAGGGAGGUUGUACCAGCGCUGGUAUCCCGCUGGGCCCGGGCUGGUUCACCGGCUGGUGUGGAAUAAGACGGAUGUUUACGGCCAAGAGGUCUGGGGCCUCACUCACGCCACCGUCUCCGUCGGCUACGAGUACGAGUCGUGCCCCGGCGUGAUUCAGUGGGAGAGGAGGACGGCGAUGAUGCAAGGAUUUGAACUGGUCCCCUCCGACCUCGGGGGAUGGUCUCUGGACAAGCAUCACUCCCUCAACAUGCGGAACGGUAUCCUCCACAAGGGAAACGGCGAAAACGUCUUCCUCUCGCAGCAACCGCCGGUCAUCUCCACCGUGAUGGGCAACGGCUUCUACAGAAGCGUCCCGUGUGGCCCCAGCUGCAGCGGAGCCGCCCGGGACAUGAUGCUCUUCGCCCCGGUGGCGCUGGCGAGUGGCCCAGAUGGCUCCCUGUAUGUGGGGGACUUCAACUUCAUCCGCAGGGUUCAUCCGGACGGCUUCACCCGAACAAUACUGGAGCUGAAGAACCGGGACACCAGACACAGCACCAGCCCCGCCCACAAAUACUACCUGGCCAUGGACCCGAUGGGGGAGGUGCUGUACGUGUCUGACACCAGCAGCCGCAGAGUUUACCGUGUCAGGAAUCUGGCUCAGCCGAAGGAUCCGUCACGGAACCAGGAGGUGGUGGCGGGCACCGGGGAACAGUGUCUGCCGUUCGACCAGAGUCACUGCGGGGAGGGACGGAAGGCCACAGAAGCUGCGCUCAACAACCCUCGAGGUAUCGCAGUGGAUAAAAGAGGAGUCGUCUACUUUGUGGAUGGCACCACAAUUCAGAAGAUUAAUGAGCGGGGUCUGCUUUCCACCGUGAUUGGUUCCAAUGGACUCAUGUCAACGCAGCCGCUCAGCUGCGAUGCGCGCAUGGACAUCAGCCAGGUGCGUCUGGAGUGGCCCACGGAUUUGGCUAUCAACCCUCUGGACAACUCUCUGUACAUCCUGGACAACAACAUCGUGCUGCAGGUAUCCGAAAGCCUUCAGGUCCGGAUCGUAGCCGGGCGUCCGAUCCACUGCCAGGUGCCAGGGAUCGAUCACCACCUGGUCAGCCGGGCAGCAGUUCGUGCCACCUUGGAAGCGGCCAAGGCCAUCGCACUCUCCCACCUGGGCACCCUGUUCAUCGCCGAAACAGACGAGAGACGCAUCAACCGCAUUCAGCAGGUGUCGACCAAUGGGGAGAUAUCGGUUAUCUCUGGAGCGCCGACAGACUGCGACUGUAAGAUAGACCCCAACUGCGACUGCUUCUCUGGCGAUGGAGGAUACGCCCGUGACGCUCGGCUCAAAGCCCCCUCCUCCCUGGCUGUCGGACCCAACGGCACCCUGUACAUCGCAGAUUUAGGCAACAUCAGGAUCCGAGCGGUCAGUCCCAACCAGCCUCAGCUGAGUGCGGCCGGACUGAUGGAGAUCAGCUCCCCACUGGACCAGGAGCUUUAUCUCUUCAGCCAGAACGGUUCUCACCUGUCCACCAAGCACCUGAUCACCGGACACCUCCUGUACAACUUCACAUACGGCUCCGACGGUCAGCUGUCGGGGGUCAGCUCCCGGGACGGCCGCGGCCUGCAGGUGCGCAGGGACGCCCACGGCGUGCCGCUGUGGUUGGCCUUACCUGGCGGGCAGGUGUACUGGCUGUCCCUCAGCAACAGUGGAACUCUGCGAAAGGUGUCGGCCCAGGGCCACGACAUCGCCCACAUCACUUACCACGGCAACACGGGUCUCCUAGCAACCAAGAGCGAUGAGAACAGCUGGACCACUGUUUACGAGUACAACAGCGAGGGCCGCGUGACCAACAUCACCCUCCCCACGGGCGAUGUGAGCGGUUUCCACGGCAACCUGGAGCGCUGGUCUCGGGUCGAGGUGGAAGCAUCCAACCGUGAGAACUUUGUCACCAGCACAAACCUGUCUGCCAGCGACACCAUCUACACAUUCCGACAAGACCACGCUCAGAGCUCAUACCGGGUCAGCGCCGAUGGUUCCUUCCUGGUGUCUCUGGCGAGCGGGAUGGAGCUGUCACUCAGCACCGAGCCCCUCCUUCCCGGGGGAGCAGGCGGAGGGGUCAGUCCCACGGCCAGCCGCUGCAACAUCAGCCUCCCCGGCGAUCACGCGCCCAGCCUGGUCGAGUGGAGGCAGAGGAAGGAGCAGAGCAAGAGCAACUACAGCACGUACGAGCGCCGGCUGCGGGCUCACAACAGGAACCUGCUGUCUGUAGACUUUGACCAAAACACCAGAGUGGGGAAGAUCUACGACGACCACAGGAAGUUCACUCUCCACAUCCUGUAUGACCCGCUGGGUCGGCCUGUGGUCUGGUCACCCAGCAGCAAGUACACAGAGGUCAACAUCAGCUACUCCAGCUCGGGUCUGCUGUCCGCCAUCCAUCGCGGCGACUGGUCCGAACGGCUGGACUACGAGAACGACAGGGUGGUGUCCCGGUCCUGGGUCAACGGCAAGAUCUGGAGCUAUACAUACGCAGACAGAUCCAUUAUGCUGCUGCUGCACAGCCAGCGGCGUUACGUCUUCGAGUACGAGCAGACAGACCGUCUGGUUGCCGUGACGAUGCCCAGCAUGGUGAAACACUCCCUGCAGUCGCUGCUGUCCGUGGGUUACUACCGGAACAUUUACACGCCUCCGGACAGCCAGGCCUCCUUCCUGCAGGACUACACCCUGGACGGGCGCCUGCUGCGGACACAGUAUCUGGGAACGGGGCGCAGCGUCAUCUACAGGUACACGGCGGCAGCGCGGCUCUCCGAAGUGAUUUACGACUCCACCCUGGUGACCCUUACUUACGACGAGGCCUCAGGCACCGUCAAGACCAUUCAUCUCACCCAUAACGGCUUCAUAAGCUCCAUACGGUACAGGCAGACAGGACCCCUGACCAGUCGGCAGAUUUUCCGCUUCAGCGAAGAGGGUUUGGUCAACGCCAGGUUCGACUACAGCUACAAUAACUUCCGAGUGACCAGCAUGCAGGCGGUCAUCAACGAGACCCCGCUCCCCAUCGACCUGUACCGCUACGUGGACGUCUCCGGCCGCGUGGAGCAGUUUGGAAAGUUCAGCGUGAUCUUCUACGACCUCAAUCAGGUGAUCACCACUCAUCUGAUGAAGCACACCAAAGUCUUUAACUCCUACGGCCAAGUGGUUGAGGUCCAGUAUGAGAUCCUAAAAUCCAUCGCCUACUGGAUGACCAUCCAGUACGACGCGGCAGGGCGCAUGACCACCUGUGACAUCCGGGUGGGCGUGGACAGCAACGUGACUCACUACACGUAUGAGUAUGACGCCGACAGCCAGUUGCAAAGUGCCUCGGUCAACGAGCGGCCUCAGUGGCGCUACAGCUACGACCUGAACGGGAACAUAAACCUGCUGAGCCACGGGACCAGUGCUCGGCUAACUCCACUGCGUUACGACCAGAGGGACCGCAUCACCCACCUCGGCGAGCUUCAGUACAGCGUCGACGACGACGGCUUCCUGCGCCAGCGAGCCAACGACCUCUUCGACUACAACUCCAACGGCCUGUUGACCAGAGUCUACAACCGAGUGACCGAGCGCACCGUGUGGUACCGGUAUGACGGACUAGGCCGACGUGUGGCCACCAAGACCAGCCAGGGCGAGCAGCUGCAGUUCUUCUACGCCGACCUGUCGCACCCCACCAGGGUCAGCCACAUGUACAACCACAGCAGCAGCCUCAUCACGUCGCUCUACUACGACCUGCAGGGUCACCUCAUCGCCAUGGAGCUGAGCAGCGGGGAAGAGUACUACGUGGCUUGUGACAGCGUGGCCACUCCCAGGGCGGUUUUCUCCAGCAAAGGCAGGCUGGUCAAGGAGAUCCUCUACACUCCUUACGGGGAAGUCUACCAAGACACCAACCCCGAUUUCCAGCUGGUCGUCGGUUUCCACGGCGGUCUUUAUGACCCUUUCACCCGGCUGGUGCACCUGGGUCGACGCGAUUAUGACACGCUUGCUGGCCGAUGGACCUCCCCGAAUCAUGAUCUCUGGAUGGAGUUGAGCAAAGAGCCGAAGCCCUUCAACGUGUACGCGUUCAAAAACAACUGCCCUGUUGGAAAAGUGGAGGAGGUGACAGAGUUCACAACAGACAUCGGUAGCUGGCUGCAGUUGUUUGGCUUCCAGCUUCAUAAUGUCGUCCCUGGAUUUCCCAAGCCCGAGGUCGCACGGAUGGAGCAAACAUACGAACUGAUGAAGACGCAAACAAAGGCUCAGGACUGGGAUUCCAGCAAGGUGGUCUUGGGCAUCCAGUGUGAGCUGCGGCGACAGCUGAGGAGCUUCAUCUCGCUGCAGCGGCUCCCUCUGGUGUCUGAACCCGUGGGCUCGGCCUGCCACCGGCCGACCCGCCCCCCUCCCUUCGGCUCGCGGCCGUCUCUCCUCGGUCCCAGCAUCCGCUUCGCCGUCUCCCACGGCCGCGUCAGCGCAGAGGUCAUCGGCGUGGCCAGCGAAGAUAGCCGGCGCGUGGCUGCCAUCCUCAACGGCGCCGCCCACCUGAGCGGGCUGAGCUUCACCGUGCACGGCUGCGACACCCACCACUUCCUGCAGUCACGGCCGAUCGAGGACGACCUGGCGCUGGGUUUGGGGGUCGGAGGCCGGGUCCUGGAGAGCGGGGUUAACGUCAGCGUUUCGCAGAUGAGCGCCACCGUCAACGGCAGGACUCGGCGGUUCGCUGACAUCACUCUUCAGCAGGGGGCGCUGUGCUUGUGCGUUCGCUACGGCGGCAACGAAGAGGAGGAGAGGGCGAGGGUGAGGGAGGAGGCCAGGAAGAGGGCUGUGGAAGGAGCGUGGGAGAGGGAGAAGAAGAGGAUGGAGUCGGGAGACGUCGGCAGCCGCGUGUGGAGCGAAGCGGAGAAGCAGCAGCUGCUGUCCGGCGGACGCGUCCAGGGCUACGACGGCUACUACUCGCUUCCUGUCGAGCAGCAGCCGGAGCUGUCCGACUGCCCCUCCAACAUCCACUUUAUGACACUAAGCGAGGUGGGGGGCAGGUAACAGAGACACGCCCACGGCCCCCCGCCCCACCAAAGACUGCCUGUUUCUACUCUCGUCUGAUUUGUUCUACUCUUUCUACACGGUAUGGAAAAAAGAAGACGACAACAAAGAAGAACACGAAGAGAGAUUGGAGGAAAAAAUAUUUCCAAAUGCCUUUAAUGUUGACAAAAUGAUGGUAUUUUAUUAUUAUAUCGUCCAGUUUCUCCGAUUUCUAACAGUGGCACAAGCUGUGUGGUUUGGCUGUGGCUUUGCUUUUUGUAUCCCUGCUAGCCUGGAUCUUACCGACGGACCGAUUCUCUCUUGCUGUCUCAACACUGUUUGCCACUGAAGAGGUGAAGGCUUUAUGGAUUGCCAGCGAAUGAUCCUCUCCAUGACUCAAAUCCAGAACUCUCCGGUCGCCAUUUGAGUUACCUCGGAUAUACUAUCGUUUACAUGUUGUGGAAGAGAGGCCUUGUCGACUCUGACGCUCCCGUUGAGAGCGGGAAGGCUCCCGCCUCGGGUGUGCUCCAACUGUAGUGUGUACGAGUGUGUCUCCAGAAUGUACAUAGCCAGUGCUUUCACACACCAAGAAAAAAAAGAAGUGCUCAACUGGAAAUUCUGUUGUUCAUGAGUAAGUGUCAGUAUUGUUAAUCAAUAGAAGAACAGUUACAUUUUUGCAAAGAAUUAUACAUGGCUAUAGUAAAUAUUCUCUCAGAGAAAUCUGACUUUAUUGGGUUACAAUGCUGAUUAAAGUUACUAUGUGUGAAUUACCGGAUCGCUCCGUGGGACUUCAUUUGCACCGCCGCUUAUUAGUUAGACGGCCAGCCGCUCCGGCGCCGCGCAUUUCUUCUCGGCGCUCUUUCUUCUUGUCUGCGAGAGUCUGUGCUUUCAUAUCGGUGCCGUCAUUAUCGGCCGUCAUUACGGCUCGUGCUCAGGGAAGAAGAAGCAGAGGGCGGAGUCCGGGAAGAAAAAAAAGCUGGGGAGAUGAGGAAGAGACGCGUGACAGCUGAGGCUGGCGGUGCAGAGGGGGCGGGACCUGGAGUUGGCGGCGCUCUCUUAUCCGGCUAGUCUGGACUCAUUAGGAAGUGCCAGUCAGGCUUCAUGUGAACCGAGUCCAAGCCGCGCCGCCCAUUCUGAAAAAGUCAAAAAAGAAAGUUGCUUUUGUUUGUGUUUUUCAUCUAUCAGUAAUCCACCUCCCCGUCCGUCUGCCUCUCACCCACUCUGCCGCGUCGCCAUCUGCCCGCCAUUAAUUGUUUGUGUUUCUUUCCGGGGCUGCGGACGGCGGAGACGCGUGGCGCAUAUGUUCCCACGGCGAACAGGUGAUAUACGUCCCUGACAGGCCGAUCGGCUGCGAUGUGCCGUCACUUUCUGGACCA